AUGAAGGGCAGCGGCAGGCACAAGUUGGACCAGAGAACCUUCAUGGAGCAGGUGCGCGAGUGCAGGGACAAGGGCUACCUGCUCUCUUCCAAGAAGAUCGGCUCCGGGGCCUUCUCCAAGGUCUACCUGGCCUACGCCACACACGAACGCAUGCAGCACAACCCCAAGCUGUCCUCUGACUUGCGAGGCAAGCACCACACCAUGAGUAACGGCAGGUGGGUGGGGGUCCGGCAGGUGCAGCUAUAUGAGACCUACCAGAACAGCCAGCGCUCCUACCUGGUGCUGGAGUUGGCAGCUCGAGGUGACCUGCUGGAGCACAUCAACAACAUGUCAGACCGCCGCUGCUGCCCGGGGCUGGAGGAGGAGGAGGCCCGGAGGCUGUUCUGGCAGCUGGUCAGUGCCGUGGCCCACUGCCAUGGUGCGGGCAUCGUGCACCGGGACCUCAAGUGUGAGAACAUCCUGCUGGAUGACCGAGGCUUCCUAAAGCUGACUGAUUUUGGCUUCGCCAACCGCACAAGGCUCAAGGAUGCGCUGCUCAGCACCUUCUGCGGCUCUAUGGCCUACACGGCCCCGGAGAUCCUCAUGAGCAAGAAGUACAGCGGGCAGCAGGCCGACCUAUGGAGCCUAGGUGUCAUCCUCUACGCCAUGGUGACCGGGAAGCUGCCCUUCAAGGAGUGCCAGCCCCGCCGCAUGCUGCACCUGAUGCGCCGUGGUCCCACCUUCCGACUGGGCCUGUCCCCAGAGUGCCAAGACCUGAUCCGGGGGCUGCUCCAGCUGCGCCCGCGCACGCGCCUGGGCCUACAGCAAGUGGCCGUGCACUGCUGGAUGCUGCCUGCAGCACAUGUGCUCUUCCACACUGUGCUCAGUGCCACACCAGAGAAGUGGGCAGACUCCCAACUCCCAGCAUCUCCAGAUCAUGCAGAACCCAGUGCGGACUUGGAGUCCCCAAGGCCGAUCCUGCAGCUACAGUGCCCCCAGCGGCAGGGCACCACCAAGGGGAGGACCUUGGACACAGAGCUCAAGCCCCCAGAGGCCCACCACAAAAGGGAAGUGGGCUCUGUGGGGUCAGGGCUCUACACAGCAGCCGCCAGCGCGGGAACGGGUGCCUGCAGGCAGCUGCUGUCACUGUGUUGUGCAUCUGCCAUCAGGAAUAUGCCUGGGCAUUACCUGAUCAACCGAGAACAAGUGGGCAGGAAGGGCCAAGUCAGAUAA